AUGUACCAAAUUUCUCUAAAGGCAACGAAAAGCGUUGCAGAUCCAACCUCUUCAAUUGACGCAGCUCAUGGUGACCGUCUAGCGGAGCGCGAUGCAUACGAUGCCGCAAUGUUUCGCUUCAUCAGCGACAUGGAACUGUCCUCAAUGUACGCGGAGGGGAUAUCACCACACCCCAUUCUCAUGCCGAGAAGCUUCAUUGAACACCUGAAAGAAUUUCAGCAUCUGCUGUUUGUUGCUAUAUCAAACAUCCUGGAUCGAUGGUGGGACGACAGUGAAGCCGACUUCCCCGGUCGCAUGCCAUUGGAACCGCACGAGGAGAGUGUAUUGAAGUGGGUACAUGAACGGUCGAAACAGAGACUGAUGCCGCACUACAAUGAGCGCCCGCUCCACUGGAGGCCGGACCUGCUCCUCCCGGCAGGGGCAGAUUCAAACACCAGCCUACCGUUCAAGAUUUGCGAGAUCAACGCUCGUUCCCCCUUCAACUCGAUGAUCAAGAGCGUCUGUAUGUUUCAUGCAGCGGCUGCAAGCGAAAUAGCACUUCCAGAUGGGUUAGAACUCGCUUCGACCGCGGACAAGAUGGUGGACAGUCUGGUCUCGCUCUUCAAUCCGGAUCUCCCUCUUCAUGUUAUCUGGCAUGAGGGUAUCACUGACCCCAUUGACGCGUUCAGUUCCUUCUACAAAAAGCGAACAGGCAAGACACCGCGAGUAAUCCGUGCGACAGACCUGCGUCUCGUGCCGGAUUCGUCAUCCCAGACGGGUCGGAUUCUGUGCUGCGUUGCCGCGGCCGGGUCCGCAGAAUAUCCAGACGGCCAGAGAAUCACAUCCCGGACAGGCGAGUCUCUGGAACGAAUUCAACAAGUCGGACUCCAGCUGUCGCAUCGGGAUUACAGCUACAUCCCUUCGGAAGUGCUACAGCAGCUCGCCGUAGACGGAAUCUGCGACCUGCGCAACAUCUUCCUGGUCAGCGACAAACGCAUGCUCGGCAUAAUCCGGCAAGAGCUGGACGCUCUCGUGCACAAGCACCACAUCUUAACGGCUGACCAGGCGGAGAUCCUCCGACAGGGCAUCGUGCAUACCAUUUUGCCCAGCUCCGAGGAUAUUCGACGCCUCUUGCAGCAGAUUCGAGAGGGCUCCGUAUCCAAGGACAGCUAUCUUCUCAAACCUGCCCGAGGACACCGCGGAAUGGGAAUCUUGCUUGGAAAAGACUUGGGGCAGAAGGAGUUUGAGGGUCUCCUUGAGGAGCUGGCGGACCCAUUACUGCCUGCUGACAAGCGAUAUGUUGUGCAGCCUUUUAUUGAGCAGGCUCUAUUUGGUUUGAGGCUGUAUGAUGAUAGCGAGCCGCAACAAUGCCGGAUGACGGGAACAUAUCAUGCCAUUGGUGGCUGUUUCGCUGGGUUGGGCGUCUGGAGAGCUGACAGCGAGAGGAUUUGCUCUCGAUUCCACGGUGCCUCUAGCAUUCCCGCGGUUGUCCCUCUGACAUGA